AUGAGUUAUAAUAAUCAUGAUGAUGGUAAUCCAUUCUAUACGGAUGUACCCACCACUUCACCAACUCAAACAAAUAAUAAUAAUAUCAAUAAUAAUACCAACAACAAUACAAAUAACAAUGUUAACAAUCAAUAUAACAACCAACCACAAGCAAUCUUUACAAACACCAAUGUAAACUUUGAUGAUUACAGCAGUGCUCCAAAACAAAGUACUCAAUAUCAACCUGAUCUACAAUUUCAGAGCUUCGAACAUGCAACAAUAGAUGUAAAUUCAAAAUCAAAUAACAAUAGUAAUAAUAAUAAUAAUAGAAUCGGUGGAGGUGGUAUCAAUGUACCUGAAGCUGACUUCUCAGAGACUGUCAACCUCAAUAGCGAAGGACAAGCAGAUCAAAAGAAAUAUAGCUUUUAUCAACCACAAUACUACAGAUUCCUAUUCAAUGUUGACACAACCGAAGUUGCUCAUCGUUUACUAAGAUCAAUGAUACCAAUCAAGUUUUCAUUCUUUGACUUAAUUAGAGAGAAUCCAGAUAUUUAUGGACCAUUCUGGGUAACAACUACAUUAGUAUUUAUUAUUGCUGCCACUGCAAAUUUAAAUUCCUAUUUCCACUCUGAUCAUAAAUUAUGGGAAGCAAAUUUCAAAACAGUUGUAUAUAGUGCAAUUGCAAUCUAUGGAUAUGCUUUGGUUAUUCCAUUGGUACUUUGGGGUAUUUUCAAGUGGAUGAAACUUGGACUACGUAUUUUGGAUAUGCUUUGUAUCUAUGGAUACGCACUGUUUAUCUUUAUUCCAGCAUCGAUUAUCUGUUUGAUUCCUGUGGGUCUCGUUCAGUGGAUCGUCGUCGGUGUAUGCACAUUGGUCUCUGGUGCAUUCCUCGUUACCAACGUAUUUGCACCGCUCAAGGGUGACUACACCAAGAGAGGUCUCAUCAUCUGUGGUGGAAUUGCCGCACUUCACUUGGGUCUUGCACUACUCUUGAAACUCUACUUCUUUGCCAACAACACCGACGGUCAAUUCGUCGUAACUCCAACUCCAUCACCAACUCCAACUCUAACACCAACAACAACCACCACUGGCAGUUCCACUGGUAACUCCACAACCACUGCCUAA